AUUUCGGAACAUGCUAGUAGUUUUUCUGUUCUUGCUACUCUCUACCACCUACGGUAUCGACUUUUCGGAUUCAUCCGAAUCAUGUGAAGAUGGUGGACGGGGUGGUCACAAUCACGGACGUCCACCAAGACCACCAGGCAAUGGUGGAGGUGGAAGAGUAUGCGACGCCGGGUGGAAGUUCUUCUCGAGACCAAGUGGUGGAUGGUGUAUCAGGGUCUUCGCAGGCCGCCUCGGAAGAGAUUCUGCAAACCAAGCAUGCGCCACUCAGGGAGGAGUACUCUCAGGGAUGCAGAAUGUCGAAGAGAUCAACUAUAUUGUUUCCCAGUCUUUGAGCGUGAUUUCCCCAGCAAGAAGUGGGGGCGUUUGGGUUGGAGCUCGACGCCGACCAGCUUGUAUCAGCUCAGGAAUCACUGCAACUUGUACAAAGACUAAUAGCUUCUACUGGACUGACAACUCGGCUACUGGAAUCAAUGGAAUGCUUUUCACGAAUGGAGAGCCAAAUAAUGGAGGGGUAAAAUUGGAUCAGGAUUGUGCACUGCUUACUGUAGCCAGCACCCCGGUGGUUUUCAACAAAUUCAGAACUGGACAAAUGGAUGAUGUUCCAUGCACGUGGCAGGAUCCUACCCCAACCGCCGACAAGGCCAACAAAGGGUAUGUGUGCGGAAAGAAGGCGAGAAGAUGAUCUGUAUAACUUUUUUUAAAAAUAAAAAUUCUGUAUUUUAUAAU